AUGCGUGAAAUCGUCCAUAUUCAAGCUGGCCAAUGUGGAAAUCAAAUUGGUUCCAAGUUCUGGGAAGUGAUUUCGGAUGAACACGGAAUUGAUCCCACUGGAUCUUAUCACGGCGACUCCGAUCUUCAACUUGAACGUAUCAAUGUCUACUUCAGUGAAGCAAGCGGUGGAAAGUAUGUUCCUCGCUGUGUACUCGUUGAUCUAGAGCCCGGAACCAUGGACAGCGUUCGAGCAGGUCCUUUCGGUCAACUUUUCCGUCCAGAUAACUUUGCCUUCGGCCAGAGUGGUGCUGGUAACAACUGGGCCAAAGGUCACUACACCGAAGGUGCUGAACUCGUGGAAUCCGUGUUGGAUGUUAUUCGAAAGGAAUGCGAGGCCUGUGAUUGUCUGCAGGGCUUCCAGAUGUGCCACAGUCUUGGAGGAGGUACUGGUUCUGGUAUGGGUACUCUCUUAAUCUCCAAAAUGAGAGAAGAGUAUCCUGAUCGUAUCAUGAUGACCUUCUCUGUUAUGCCAUCUCCUAAGGUUUCAGAUACAGUUGUGGAACCCUAUAACGCUACACUUUCAAUUCAUCAGUUGGUUGAAAAUACUGAUGAAACAUACUGCAUUGACAAUGAAGCUCUCUAUGACAUUUGCUUCCGAACUCUCAAACUUACAAAUCCCACUUACGGUGAUCUGAAUCACCUUGUCUCUGCCACUAUGUCAGGCGUGACCACCUGCCUACGUUUCCCAGGUCAAUUGAAUGCUGAUCUCCGAAAAGUUGCUGUUAAUAUGGUUCCGUUCCCUCGUUUACAUUUCUUCAUGCCUGGAUUCGCGCCACUAACUAGCCGUGGUAGCCAGCAAUAUCGUAAUCUCUCAGUUGCUGAACUUACUCAACAGAUGUUUGAUGCAAAGAAUAUGAUGGCUGCUUGUGAUCCACGACAUGGACGCUAUCUCACUGUCACGGCAAUAUUCCGUGGUCGUAUGUCCAUGAAGGAAGUAGAUGACCAGAUGCUAAAUGCCCAAAACAAGAAUUCUUCUUACUUUGUUGAGUGGAUCCCGAACAAUGUAAAGACUGCCGUUUGUGAUAUUCCACCACGUGGACUCAAGAUGUCAGCUACCUUCAUUGGAAACACCACAGCUAUUCAAGAGAUCUUCAAGAGAGUCAGUGAGCAGUUCACAGUGAUGUUCAGAAGAAAGGCCUUCUUGCAUUGGUACACUGGUGAGGGUAUGGAUGAGAUGGAAUUCACAGAGGCUGAAUCAAAUAUGAAUGAUCUGGUGAGUGAGUACCAACAAUAUCAGGAGGCUGGUAUUGCAGAUGAGGAAGAAGAUAUGGAUGAAGAAGAAAUCCAGGAAGAAGUUGAUGCUUAA